AUGCACAAGCACCAGCACUGCUGUAAGUGCCCCGAGUGCUACGAGGUGACCCGCCUGGCCGCCCUGCGGCGCCUCGAGCCUCCCGGCUACGGGGACUGGCAGGUGCCCGACCCCUACGGGCCAGGUGGGGGCAACGGAGCCAGCACGGCUUAUGGGGGCUACAGCUCGCAGACCCUGCCUUCGCAGGCGGGGGCCACCCCCACCCCCCGCACCAAGGCCAAGCUCAUCCCCACCGGCCGGGAUGUGGGGCCAGUGCCCCCUAAACCAGUCCCGGGGAAGAGCACCCCCAAACUCAACGGCAGCGGCCCCAGCUGGUGGCCUGAGUGCACCUGUACCAACCGGGACUGGUAUGAACAGGCCAGCCCUGCACCCCUGCUAGUGGACCACAAGGCCUGGGAGCCCAGCCUCUCGCUGUGUGUGAACGGCAGUGAUGGCUUGUUCAAGUAUGAGGAGAUAGUACUUGAGCGGGGCAAUUCUGGCCUGGGCUUCAGCAUCGCAGGCGGCAUUGACAACCCCCAUGUCCCCGAUGACCCUGGCAUCUUCAUUACCAAGAUCAUCCCUGGUGGAGCAGCUGCCAUGGAUGGGAGGCUGGGGGUGAAUGACUGUGUGCUGCGGGUGAAUGAGGUGGACGUGUCGGAGGUGGUGCACAGCCGGGCUGUGGAGGCGCUGAAGGAGGCGGGCCCUGUGGUGCGGUUGGUGGUGCGGAGGCGACAGCCCCCACCUGAGACUAUCAUGGAGGUCAACCUGCUCAAAGGGCCCAAAGGCCUGGGUUUCAGCAUUGCCGGGGGCAUUGGCAACCAGCAUAUCCCGGGAGACAACAGCAUCUACAUCACCAAGAUCAUCGAGGGGGGUGCUGCUCAGAAGGAUGGCCGCCUACAGAUCGGGGACCGGCUGCUGGCGGUGAACAACACCAACCUGCAGGAUGUGAGGCACGAGGAAGCUGUGGCCUCGCUCAAGAACACCUCUGAUAUGGUCUAUCUGAAGGUGGCCAAGCCAGGCAGCCUUCACCUCAACGACAUGUAUGCACCCCCUGACUACGCCAGCACUUUUACUGCCUUGGCUGACAACCACAUAAGCCAUAAUUCCAGCCUGGGUUAUCUCGGGACUGUGGAGAGCAAGGUCAGCUACCCUGCUCCUCCUCAGGUUCCCCCAGCCCGCUACUCUCCUAUCCCCAGGCACAUGCUGGUCGAGGAGGACUUCACCAGAGAGCCCCGCAAGAUCAUCCUGCACAAAGGCUCCACAGGCCUGGGCUUCAACAUCGUGGGAGGAGAGGAUGGAGAAGGCAUUUUUGUCUCCUUCAUCCUGGCAGGAGGCCCAGCUGACCUGAGUGGGGAGCUGCGAAGGGGAGACCGGAUCUUAUCGGUGAAUGGCGUCAACCUGAGGAAUGCAACUCAUGAGCAGGCUGCAGCUGCUCUGAAACGGGCCGGCCAGUCAGUCACCAUUGUGGCCCAGUACAGACCCGAAGAGUACAGUCGCUUUGAGUCGAAGAUACAUGACUUGCGAGAACAAAUGAUGAACAGCAGCAUGAGCUCUGGGUCUGGGUCCCUCCGGACAAGCGAGAAGAGGUCCUUAUAUGUCAGGGCCCUGUUUGAUUAUGACCGGACUCGGGACAGCUGCCUGCCAAGCCAGGGGCUCAGCUUCUCCUAUGGUGACAUCCUGCAUGUCAUUAAUGCCUCUGAUGAUGAGUGGUGGCAGGCAAGGCUGGUGACCCCACAUGGAGAAAGCGAGCAAAUUGGUGUGAUCCCCAGUAAGAAGAGGGUGGAAAAGAAAGAAAGAGCUCGAUUGAAAACCGUGAAGUUCCAUGCCAGGACGGGGAUGAUUGAGUCUAACAGGGACUUCCCUGGGUUAAGUGACGAUUAUUAUGGAGCAAAGAACCUGAAGGGAGUGACAUCCAACACCAGUGACAGCGAAAGCAGUUCCAAAGGACAAGAGGAUGCUAUUUUGUCAUAUGAGCCAGUGACUCGGCAAGAAAUUCACUAUGCAAGGCCUGUGAUCAUCCUGGGUCCCAUGAAGGACAGAGUCAACGACGAUCUGAUCUCAGAGUUCCCACAUAAAUUUGGAUCCUGUGUGCCACACACCACCCGGCCUCGGCGUGACAAUGAGGUGGAUGGCCAGGACUACCACUUUGUGGUGUCCCGAGAGCAAAUGGAGAAGGAUAUUCAGGAUAACAAGUUCAUCGAGGCAGGCCAGUUCAAUGACAAUCUCUACGGGACCAGCAUCCAGUCCGUGCGGGCAGUUGCAGAAAGGGGCAAGCACUGCAUCUUAGACGUUUCAGGCAACGCGAUCAAGAGACUGCAGCAAUCACAGCUUUACCCCAUUGCCGUUUUCAUCAAGCCUAAGUCCAUCGAAGCACUUAUGGAAAUGAACCGACGGCAGACAUAUGAACAAGCAAAUAAGAUCUACGACAAAGCCGUGAAACUGGAGCAGGAAUUCGGAGAGUACUUCACAGCCAUUGUACAGGGUGACUCACUGGAAGAGAUUUAUAACAAAAUCAAACAAAUCAUUGAGGACCAGUCUGGGCACUACAUUUGGGUCCCGUCCCCUGAAAAACUCUGAAGAAGCCCCUCUGCCCUUUCUCCUGUGAACAGAAGAAACCAACCCCUGUUCCCUCCUCCCUCUUCAUUCCUGUCCCCACGGGGAGAACAAAUGACUACUGUUCUUGCCCCCUUUUUUAGAUAUGUCAAAAAAAAAAUUGAGUUUUCUAGUCCUGUUCUGUUUUUUUAAAUUUUCGUUUUGUUUGAGUUUAUUUUGGGGGGGAUGAUGCCAUCUCACUCAUCACGUGACUGUGCCCAUUCCUGCAUGGACCUUUCCCAAGCACUAGCACAGGUGCAAAUCCAUCAGAGUCAUUGUUUCCAUAACAGUCAAGCAGAAGCGAAGAGAAGAGAGGAGGACUGAUGGACAGACAGGCUCUGGACAGCUGCACGGCUUUGAAGGGAGCUCAGCGCAGCCCGUGACCAGGCGCUCCGGGCACCUCCGCCCAUCUGCUCUGCUGUCAUGCGGCUCUGAACGGUGCAACGCCAUGGCGACAGAAAGUAUCUUAUUUAUAUACAGAUAUAUAUAUGUAAUUUAUCUAAAAUAUAUAGAAAUUAUUAUAUAUAUAUAUUAUACACUCUCAUAUAAUAUAUAUAUAUAUCUCACACACCUUUGGACUAGAAAAUCUAUGGAGACUUCAUCAAUGGUACUGUGUUAUUAGAGAAAUGCUUUAAUUUUCAUAUUCCAAUCAGAUGGCAUCUUAUAUCCCAACUGGUUGGGGAGGGAUUGAGAGUGGUAGGAAGUGCUGUACCAAGGGCACGCGCGCUUGGUCAUUCUCUUGAGAGCUGGGGUUUUCUCCGGAGGGGCCAGCCGGAGGCCUGCGAGGAAGGGCUUUGGCCUGGGGUGGGGGGGGGGCUGCACACCUGACCGUGAAGCUGCUGCUGCCGUCACGGCGCAGCCAGUGCUGUGUAUGGAAAGAGAGAAUGGCUAAUGAUGCUCCAUAUUAAAUUGCCUAUUGUUUUAUGCCACCUGAUGUGUCUGCAUGAGAGAUUUCCUUUUUGUUCAUUUUUAAGCUGCUGUUAAACCAAAACCAUGUUGUGCUACUGUGUCGGCCUUUUCAUUAUUCCCAGUUUUACUUUUACUAUUUAAGUGAAUGCGUAGAACCCAGUUUGACAGUGUCCGAAAGGCUUGUGACGUGGAGUUGCCGGGCCUUGUGGGCCCGAAGGUGACCCAGUCUGCAUGAGCGGCGGCGCAGGAAGUGGGGGCUGGGGAGCACCAAGUGCAGGACCCAGGGCUGCUUAUCGCAAUGUGGCCCUUUACUCCCUUGCCUGGGACGUGGUGGGCUCAGCUGAGCCCCCUCCAUGGGGCCCCCCGACAGGGACAGGGAGUUGCUUGCCUUCCAGUUGUGUGCUGGGACAGCGGGACAGCACCGAGUUUGGCCAGCCCUCUAAUGAGAAGUUUGAUUUGGUUUUCUGCACAGCCGCUUCCAUAGGCCCUACCCCGACCCCUCACCAACAGCUGGUAACUUACAGCUUCUUCAAGGAGGAUGCAGACUUCCGUGCUCUUCGUCUGAGCUGUAGAGCCAAGACUCACUGGCGAGAUGUGAACGCUUGUUGCCCUUUCCCACAAUGAGAUGGCGGUGAUUGUGGGCAAGGGAGUUUUGCCUUGACCACAAAUGCAGGCAACAGCUGUGGCUCAGGCCCCACCCUGCUGGGCUCCUUUGAAGCCACCAUGCCUCCAUCACCUCCACAGUGCGGGCAUGACACAGCGGAGAGAAGUGUAGACGCGCUCGGCCCCUUAGGGUCGGCUCUGUUGUUUCCCAGGCCACUGUGAUAUGUCUGAACAGUGCGAAUGACGCCAUGUUGAAGACACUUGGAGUGCUGCCAGCCAAACUGAGGAAGUUUAGUAACAGUUCUCCCACCAGCACAGUGAGGGCGGCUGUAGGGGGCGGGGCCCAGGAUGAGGGUAAAGAAAGGGCAGCAGCCUCACCUGGGCAGCGCGCUGGGUGGAAAGCAGCAAGAGGUGAAGUGGCGGUCGAUUGGGACUGGUGAGGAGGGGCGGGCCGGGCGUGCCAAUUUCUCUGAUGUGAAGUAAGUGAUGUAAAUGGGGACGAUGCUCAGCCCUCUGCCCCUCCCAGGGAAGCAGAGAUUCCAAGUAAGCAUGACACUAGUUGGUUUACCAGUGUUCCU